UGAUAAAGAUCUGUGGGUAUGUAUGUUGUAAAAUCUCUGCCUGGGCUCCUAUAAGAAGGGCUUCCCUGCCUGGCCCUGCAGGUGAGACAGCUGCAAGCCCGCGAGCUUCUUCCUGCAUCUGGCACUGCACUGGAUCUGCACGCCCCGGACAAGGUUCCCACCAAGCCGAAGCCAUGAGGACCUGUAGCCUCACCCUGCUGUCCUUCCUCCUUCUACCUGCACAUGUGUUCUUGGCGGAGGGCAGAAAGGAAGCAAAGAAUAGACAUGUCAGCAAAUCCACCCCGGGGGAUAAUCUGCACACUGUAGUCAAGACCGAUGUUGAGAAAAGAAGGCAGCCACCCAAGCACCUGACCAAAGGCAAAUUUGUCACUCAAGACCAAGCCAACUGCAGAUGGGUGGCGACUGAGCAGGAGCAGGGCGUCGCCCUGAAGGUCGAGUGCACUCGACAUGACAACAGGUUUUCCUGUGUCUUUUCUGGCAACCCAACUUCUUGCUUAGAGUUAAACAAAAAUAACGUCUAUUGGAAACAAAUUGGCCGGAACCUGCGCUCUCAAAAGGCCAUCUGUGGGGACUCCAAGAGUGUCCUGAAGACCAGAGUGUGCCGAAAGAAGUUUCCAGAAUCCAAUCUCAAGCUAGUGAACUCCACUCUGAUUAGGAAUAAGAAACCCAAUCAAACGUCAUGGGAGCCCUCUCCCCUGGAGCACAGCAAGGUCAAAGGGAACACACCCUCCGGCCCUGUGGGGACCCAGACCUCAGCAACCAAUGACCCCAAGUGUGUGGAGGACCCAGACCUGGUAAAUCAGAGGAAUUUGGCCCUGGAGUACUGUGGGGAGACCUGGAGCUCUUUCUGCAAAUUCUUUAUCACGAUGGUACAGGGCAGUUCUUGUUAAUGAGGUCAAAAGAGAACAGAGUCCAUUAGGAGGCGUCAUGUCAAAGCCCUUCAGUACGUGUAAAGUUCUCCAAGUAAGAUGAACAUUUAUGCUAUGGGAGUGUAGUGGAAUAUUUAAACAGAUUUUAUAAUAUUUGUUUUUGCGUUUUGGAAUUUGCUUUAUAUUCAUUUCCUUAGACUUGGUUUUCAGAGGUUUUUUUUACCUCAGUAUGUUUUCCUUGGCCCAUAAAACUAUGUGAAUAUGUGCAGCAAGGACCAGUCUUGGAGCUAAUAAGCCAGAGUGGUGAUUUCAGUGCAAUGCACUUUCUACAGAAUUAACAAAGAUAAUAAAGCUCUGGGAAUUUUUCAGAAA